UCUCUUCCAUCUCUGUCAUUUUCUUCCUUAGAUCCUGCUACUUCAAGAUACUGUACAAGUUUUUAUCUUUUUACAGAGAAAAAAGUUUUCAGAAAAUUCAUUAAAAGCAUUUUUUUUUUCAGAUUUAAAGCAUAUUGACUAUUGUCCCUACUACAGCUUUCUCCUUGUGCUACAUUCUUGACACCCCUAAAAAAAAUUAAUUAAUUUCAUCACCGCUUCUCAUCUUUUACUUCUUCAUAGAUUUCCCAUUUUCCCCAUUUCUUGGUUUUGCUCAAAGUUGAGAUUUUUUUUCCAUAUUGGAUGUUGAAAAGUUCAGUUUUUUUUCAUUUUGGGUUUGAAUUUUUUUGUCAAUCUGGGGUUAUAAUUUUCCAUUUUCCUCAUUUCUUGGUUUUGCUCCAAAGUUGAGAUCUUUUUCCAUAUUGGGUGUUGAAAAGUUUAAAUUUUUAGUCAAUCUGGGGUGAUAAUUUCUCAUUUUCCAAUGUGGUUUGAGUUUUGAUGCAAUUGGGUAUUACCUUAACAUGCAUGUACAUAUGAGGAAUUUGUGUAUGAAGAGAUUUGAGGGGUUUGGUGAUUUGGGGUUGAAGUAUUGGCUAUGAAGAGUGAAGAGGAGGUAAAAUGGAGGUUAGAUCCGAGAGUGAGGUUGUUAGAAGUGAGAAAGUACUACCAUUACAAGCGCAGAUGAUACAGAGGACUAGAUUAAAAGUUUUGUUUAUAAGGGUUUGUUCCAGCAUUUUGAUAUGGACAUGUUUGGUUCAGCUUAUUGCUGUUUGGGAGCUUUAUAAUCCACGUUGGUUUUCGGGUUUUACUGGUUAUACUACUAAGAUGUCUGUUCAUGUUGAAGAGACUUUGCUUUCUCCUUUGCCUCUUCUUCCACCUAGAAAUUAUACAAAUAAUGGGUUUCUUCAAGUGUCCUGCAAUGGUGGCUUGAAUCAAAUGCGUGCAGCCAUCUGUGACAUGGUGACUAUUGCACGUCUUUUAAAUCUAACUUUGGUUGUCCCAGAGCUUGAUAAAACAUCUUUCUGGGCAGAUCCUAGCAAUUUUGAUGAUAUUUUUGAUGUGAGACACUUCAUUGAUUCACUAAGAGAUGAAGUUCGGAUAAUAAAGAGACUGCCAAAGAGGUUCAGCAGGAGGUAUGGAUACCAACUGCUAGAAAUGCCUCCUGUUAGCUGGUCAAAUGAAAAGUACUACUUGCAACAGAUUCUGCCUCUCUUCAGCAAGCAUCAAGUAAUACAUUUCAACAGAACAGAUACUAGGCUAGCAAACAAUGGGAUUCCUCUUGAGCUUCAAAAACUCAGAUGUCGUGUGAAUUUCCAGGCAUUGAAAUUCACUCCAGAUAUUGAGGCUUUGGGAGAAAAAUUGGUACGAAUGCUUCAGGAGAGAGGGCCAUUUGUAGCAUUGCAUCUAAGAUAUGAGAUGGAUAUGUUGGCAUUCUCUGGUUGCACCCAUGGCUGCACUGAGGAGGAAGCUGAGGAGCUCAAACGGUUAAGGUAUGCAUUCCCUUGGUGGAGGGAGAAAGAAAUUGUAUCUGAGGAGAAGAGAUCUCAAGGAUUGUGUCCUCUCACCCCAGAAGAGGCAGCUUUGAUUUUGCAAGCGUUGGGUUUUGAUAAAGAUAUACAAAUAUAUAUUGCAUCUGGUGACAUUUAUGGAGGUGAACGUAGGCUUGCUUCUUUGAGAGCUGCCUUCCCAAAAAUUGUGAAAAAGGACAUGCUGCUAAAACCUGGGGAAUUGCAGCAUUUCCAGAAUCAUUCAUCUCAGAUGGCAGCCCUGGAUUUCAUCGUUUCAACUGCUAGUAAUGUAUUUGUUCCCACUUAUGAUGGGAACAUGGCUAAAGUUGUUGAAGGUCAUCGUAGGUAUCUUGGGUUUAAGAAAACCAUUCGAUUGUAUCGAAAAAAACUGGUAGAGUUAUUAGAUUUGCAUCAGAACGGAACACUUACAUGGGAUGAGUUUACAGCUACAGUCCGGCAAUCACAUGAGGGACGAAUGGGACAACUGGCUCGACGCAGAGUCAUUGCAGACAAACCAAAAGAAGAAGAUUAUUUUUAUGCAAAUCCACAGGAGUGUCUGUGUGAGAGUAAAACCUGUGAUGACUUGUUUGGGCCUGAUAAUUCCACUGCUGUCCAAUGAAAUGCAAUUCAGGGCAUGUCUUCCAUGGGUAGUUACUCCAUAGUAAUGCACAGGUGUUUUGUGAAGAAAGCAAAGGGAAAGGCGUAAAGUUGUUGGUAUGCACAAUCCAGAUCUGUGGCCAAAGGGCUGAAAUGCGGCCUUCAGUCGUCAGGGCAUUUUGGAGAGGUGUUUUGUCAUAGAUAUGUAGUCUAUAACUGGGAGAAGCAGGAGGGAAAAAAUGAAGAAGCCAAACGUGUCAUACUUGUCAAAAAGAAAAGAAGUGCCAUGUUAAUGUGUUCAUUCAUUUUGUUCAUAUGUUUUUACUCUCUUCCACAAGUUGGACAGUGUUGAUUGUGCUUGAUACCACAGUUUUUUACAGGAAUAUAACCUUUUUUUACAAUCAAAUGCUCUAAAAUGUGGAGCAAAGAGAUGUAACAGUUUGUUCAUUUAUCUAAUUGUCAUGCCCAAAAAAGGGUACUUGGAGAAAAUUCGAAUUGUGUGCUGAGAAGUCAAAUAGCUAAGUUGAGGUUCUUAUA